UCGAAGAGAACGAAACUAAAAGAAGAGUGUUAGUGAUUAUUCUCGAUUGACAGGAACAUGGAUCAAAUUAGAAACGGUUGGUUCAGUGAAAUUGCUGAUUUAUGGCCGGGACAAUCUUUCUCGUUGGAAGUAGAAAAAGUUCUAUACCAGGCUAAGUCAGCUUAUCAAGAUGUUCUCGUCUUUGAAUCAUCAUUCAGUGCACCCAAAAAGAUGAAUUUUCGUACCAAGAAAUGUUAACUUUCCUACCCCUAUGUUCUCAUCCUAAUCCGCGAAAAGUGUUGAUUGUUGGAGGUGGAGAUGGAGGUGUGGCACGUGAGGUAGUGAAACAUCCUAUGGUGGAGGAAGUUGUUCAGGUGGAGAUUGAUGAGAAAGUUGUCAUGGCAAGCAAAAAGUUUUUACCUUUCAUGGCUAAAGGCUUUGAUUCUCCAAAAGUCACCUUACACAUAUGUGAUGGUUUUGAGUUCAUGAAAAACCAUUCGGAAGAAUUUGAUGUGAUAAUUACAGACUCAUCAGAUCCUAUUGGCCCAGCAGCUAAUCUUUUCACCGAACACUAUUAUGGUCUUCUUAAGAACGCUCUCAAACCAAAUGGUAUCAUCAGCUGUCAAAUUGGCUCCAUAUGGUUAGAUUUACCUCACAUGAAGAAAACCAUGGAAAACUGCAGAAAACAUUUUCCUGUUGUAAAUUAUGCCACGUCCAGUGUUCCCAGCUAUACCGAUGGACAACUUGGAUAUAUGGUUGCUACUCUCGACGCUUCAAUAGAUUUAAAGAAACCAGUUUUUAAGUUUACAGAAAAACAAAUUGAAGAGCUAGAACUGCGGUAUUACAACGAUGAAAUUCAUUCAGCUUCCUACGUUUGGCCUACUUUCGUCAGAAAAUUUUUGAGAUAGCAAAUGUCAAAAGUCUCUUCUUUUAUUUUUUGCUUAUUAUUAUCAUAUUAUGUUGCAUUUGAAAUAAAUAGCGAGAAAACAUU